AUGGUCGAGUCUAAGAAAAAAUCCAACACCAUAGUCGAAGCAUCACCUGCCUCAACAAAGAAGCCAUUGAAGAAAGGUAAGAGAGAUGCAGAAGUUGAUCUGGACACCAAAGUGAAAACGAAGAAGCAGAAGAAAGAUGUGAUUACUCCAGUUCAAGCCGAGAAAAAGGCACAGCCUAAGAAGAUAGAGAUCAGCAGCUCCGACUCAUCAGAUUCUGAGGAAGAUGAGAAGACUAAGCAAGUUCUUGGCAAGAAAUCUCUAGAUGCUAAGAUGGUUGAGAUCUCCUCAUCUGAGGAUGAAUCUUCUUCAGACGAGGAAUCUGCCCCUUCAAAGCAACCAGCAAUUGUUAAGAAAGCAGCAACCAAGGCAGAGAGUAGCUCAUCUGAGGAUGAAUCUUCUGAUGAUGAUGAACCUGCCACUCAAAAGAAUGUCAAGCCAGCUGCAGAAGAUUCAUCGUCCUCAGGGGAUGAAUCAGAUGAGGAACCGGAACCUGUAAAGAAGAAACCAGAAGUUGUUAAGGAUGUCAAGCCAGCUGCAAAAGAUUCAUCAUCUUCCUCGGAUGAUGAAUCAGAUGAGGAACCGGAACAUGCAAAGAAGCAACCAGAAGUUGUUAAGGAUGCUAAGCCAGCUGCAGAAGACUCAUCAUCCUCUGAUGAUGAAUCAGAUGAGGAACCAGAAGCUCCAAAGAAGCUUCCAGAGCCAGCUGCAGAAGACUCAUCGUCCUCGGAUGAUGAGUCUGAUGACGAACCAGAAGCUCCAACGAAGCUUCCUGAAGUUGUUAAGGAUGUCAAGCCAGCUGCAAAAGAUUCAUCAUCAUCCUCAGAUGAUGAAUCUGAUGAGGAACCAGAAGCUCCAAAGAAGAAACCAGAAGUUGUUAAGGAUGCCAAGCCAGCUGCAAAAGAUUCAUCAUCUUCCUCGGAUGAUGAAUCUGACGAGGAACCAGAAGCUCCAAAGAAGCUUCCAGCAAUUGUUAAGGAUGUCAAGCCAGCUGCAGAAGAUUCUUCAUCGUCCUCGGAUGAUGAAUCAGAUGAGGAACCAGAAGCUCAAAAGAAGCAACCAGCUUCUGCUAAAAGGAAGUCAGAUUCAGAUUCAUCAGAGGAAGACUCUGAUGAUGAGGAAUCUGAAGAUGAAAAACCUCCUCAGAAGAAGGCUAAAGUUUCACCAACAAAAACUUCAAAACAAGAAAGCAGUAGUGAGGAUGAAUCUAGUGAGGAGGAGAGUGACGAUGAGAAAGUAACUCCAAAGAAAAAGGAUUCUGAUAUUGAAAUGGUGGAGGCAGAGGAUAAAUCAAAUGCAAAACAGCCAAAGACACCAACCACUCACACACCAACCUCUCAGACUCAAAGAGGAUCCAAGACACUAUUUCUUGGGAAUCUUUCCUAUCAAAUUCAGAGAUCUGACGUAGAGGAAUUCUUCAAGGAAGCUGGUGAAGUUGUCGACGUUAGAUUUUCACAAUAUGAAGAUGGCAGUUUAAAAGGAUAUGGUCAUGUUGACUUCGCUUCUGCCGAAGCAGCUCAGGAGGCAUUGAAACUCAACGGUCAAGCAUUACUAGGCCGCAGUCUUAAGGUUGAUGUUGCUAAUGAGAGAGAUAGUGGUGCUCGCUGGAACCAGAGCAAUGACAACGGACAAGGAAGCCAAAGUAAAACAGUUGUUGUUAAAGGAAUCGACUCCUCUCUUGGUGUACAAGAAGCGAGGAGUGCUUUGAGAGAUCACUUUAGUGGUUGUGGAGAGAUCACAAGGAUCGCUGUUCCAGUAGAUCGUGAGAGUGGUGCUAUCUGGGGGACUGCUUACAUAGAUUUAAAAGAUGGAAUGGACAAGGCAUUGGAACUAAGUGGUAGUGAGCUUGGAGGACGGAACAUAAUGGUGAGCGUGGACAGACCAAGAGUAGAGAGUGGUGAUGCAAAUCAGGGUAGAAGAGGACGUGGAAUGGACAGUCGUGGUGGUAGGGACAGCAGAGGACGUGGAAGGGACAGCCGAGGACGUGGAAGAGACAAUAGAGGACGUGGAAGGAGCAGUUUUGGAACACCCAGCAAACCAAAUUUACUUGCCGCAAGCCAAGGGAAGAAGAUCGUCUUUGAUGAUGAGUAA